AUGCAAAACCGCACAUUGGGAGAUCACCUUUGGAUUGCAGUUACAGAAUGGGAGCCAGUUGAGAUGGGUUUCGAGGCCAGCGACAAAGUUUUGGUUGUUGUAUAUGCUACACCAGAGAUCUAUGUGAAGGAAAUCGCACUCAGUCUAUUAUGGUACAAAUUUAUUAAUGGCCAAAAGAUUCGAUAUCUCUCAGUCUCAACGGAUAAUGGUGUACAGUUCGAAUCAUCCGAGGGCAUUGAAGAAUUUUCAAUUGGAGAUCAACUCCCCUGCUAUGAGGCAGGGCCAAGCGAUUAG